CGGCUCUAUCGGCCGCAGCCAAUCGGCGGAGUGCAGCCCGGACUCCGGCGCAGCUCGUGUGGCGCACGCGGCUCGUCCCCUCCCGGCCGCCGGGGAGCGCGUCUGUGAAGCCCGAGCCUGUCCAGGAGCCAUAGCGGGGAGGGCCGAGCAGAAUGUCGGGACCGCAAGGGGAGAAGCGGGGCGGCGGCGAGUCCGGGCUGCUGCUGGAACUGCUGGGGGAUAAGCUGGUGACGGCAGAACGGGAGGAGGUGGACGUACAAUCUCUGUGUUCCCGGGUCACUCUCAUAGGGCUGCUGUUCGGUUGUGGGGUGAGCGCCCCUUGUCAGCAGCUGCUACCCGGCCUUACUGACUUCUACUGCAAGACACGGGAGCGCCUGGAGAUCGUCUUCAUCUCUUCAGACCCCGACCAGAAGAAAUGGCAGCUCUUCCUCAAGGACAUGCCCUGGCUGGCACUGCCCUACCAGGAGAAACACAAGAAGCUAAAACUAUGGAACAAGUUCAGAAUUUCCAACAUUCCCUCACUGAUCUUUAUUGAAGCAUGCACAGGGAAGAUUGUGUGCAGGAAUGGCCUCUUGUUAAUAAGAGAUGACCCAGAAGGUCUGGAAUUCCCUUGGGGGCCAAAGCCUUUCAGUGAAGUUAUUGCUGGACCUUUGCUCAGAAACAAUGGUCAGAGUCAGGACAGUAGUACGCUGGAAGGGUCUUAUGUUGGUGUUUAUUUCUCUGCACAUUGGUGUCCUCCUUGUCGAAGUCUGUCAAGAGUAUUAGUGGAAACGUAUCGGAAAAUAAAAGAGUUGGGUCAAAAAUUUGAAAUAGUCCUCGUUAGUGCUGACAGGUCAGAAGAUUCAUUUAAGCAGUAUUUCAGUGAGAUGCCCUGGUUGGCAGUUCCAUACAGUGACGAAGCACGUCGAUCACGGUUAAACCGAUUAUAUGGAAUACAAGGAAUUCCCAAUCUUAUUAUUUUGGAUCCCAAAGGAGAAGUUAUUACACGACAGGGAAGAGUUGAGGUCCUUCACGAUGUCGAAUGUAAAGAAUUUCCAUGGCACCCCAAACCUGUUGUGGAGCUUACAGAGUUAAACGCAGUGCAGCUGAACGAGGGGCCGUGCCUCGUCCUCUUUGUAGACUCUGAGGAUGAAGGUGAGUCGGAAGCAGCUAAAGAACUUGUUCGACCCAUAGCCGAGAAAAUUAUAGCACAAUAUAAAGCCAAAGAUGAGGAAGCACCACUACUGUUUUUUGUAGCCGGAGAGGAUGACAUGACGGACUCCCUUCGGGAUUUCACAAACCUCCCAGAAGCUGCCCCUCUGCUUACCAUACUGGACAUGUCUGCGAGAGCAAAGUAUGUCAUGGAUGUGGAGGAGAUCACUCCAGAGAUUGUGGAGAGUUUUGUCAAUGAUUUCCUAGCAGAGAAACUGAAACCUGAGCCAAUCUAACGAAAUGCAGUAUUAAUGCCUUGCAGAAAAGAAUUAUUAUUUAAAAAGAAAAUACACAAUGCUUGUCUCCUCUUGCCACAUGGAUUUUAAAAUAUUUUCUCGUCUGAGAACGCCUUUUCAGGGUGCCUUUUUUUGUGUCGUCGUUUUAAAGUCAAAUCCUCCAGGACUAAAAAAUAUUGCCAAAUGCCUCAUCAGAGAGCAGCACCAAGUACCAAGUCACUUUCUACCCUGGCUCCGGAUUUGAAUGUCACUUUUGUCUGAAGCAGUAUACUCUUAAUUUUUGGUAUUAGAGUCUUUGAUUCCUCAACAGUGAAAAGUGUUAACAAUUUGUAUCUUUAUAAUAUUUUUUUUACGUGUUACAUCUCAACCAUAUUUAGGUCAUACAACAUUUUUUCCUUUCCUGUUCACAUACAGUUUUAAUAUGCAACCUGUCAAUGUUUUGCCUGCUUGAGUACUUUUUAUAUAUAAAAAGCUACAUGUCCAGCAAGUAGAACAUAUCAGUAUUCAGUGCUCCCGUUUGUCACUUUCUGAAUUAGCUGUGUUAUGCACGUGAUCUGUUUUGGCUUAUUUAAUAUUAUAAUGCAGAGUAACGGCAGCCAAUCAGAAAUCAGCCGCCAGUAUGAUGACAAAACUACAGUUAGGGUGCCUAUUUCUGAGUGGUUUACAAAGGUAAUACUGUACAGCAUUUUUCCUAGUAUUAGGGUAAUAACCACAUCUUUGGCUUUGAACAUAUCUACCGUUAAAUGCUGAGUGGGUCUAAUCUUAAUAAAUUAUGUUUUACUGGCUAUUCGUACCACAAAACCGUAUAUUUAAAGCACAAACCUGAUUAUUUUCAGGAGCAAAUUAAUUUACAUACAACUAUUGCAGCUUUAUAAAAUUACUAUUCGAUCCAUGAUCUGCAAAAGACAUGUCAUGUCUACUUGGAAGAUUCAUUAAUAUCAACUCAUCAUUUUCAUACAGGUUUUGUCUUGUAGUAUUCAUGCUGCCCUCACACCUUUCCUGUGAAUGAAGUUCCUGGUGUUUUUGGUAAAAAUAAAAUUGGCAUUGUGGAUGGUG